AAAGAAACAGGCUGGAAAGUAGAACGGAGAGACAAAAAGCGACCGAUAGCAUUUAAUAUAUUUUCUGGCUAACUUUUGAGCAAUCAAAUGCGCCGUAGGGAUGGCAUUUUAUUUCUAUAGAGGUUUGAAACUCAAUUUCUAGUUGUAGUUUUUGGAUUACUUUCGUCAUUGGCGAGUUUUGCACGGUUGUAAACCCUGACUUGCGUGUUUUCGUUGUGCUUGCUGCGUGGACGGAGUUUUUGUUUUCCCUCUGGUGGAUUUGACUUGUGAGAAAUGAGUGACAGGAGGCGAUCUGCCGCUGCUCUAAGCUCGAGAGCGCACGCAUUUUCGGUGGAAGCCCUGAUCGGGUCAAACAAGAAGAGAAAGCUCCGGGGCUGGGAGGAAAAGGAGCUGGAGUUGUCUAUGGAGAGCCUCGCCACGGACGGACAAUUAGGAGACAGCGACGAUCCUGGGCAUUGUCUGGAUAUCGACCCCGAUUCCGAGGCGAGCCCGGGUUCGGACGGCGAAGGUCUUGCUGAGAGGACCUCGUGCUCCUUCGGCUCCCCAGCGGACCUGACCCCGACCGCCUGCGAGCCUUCACCGGUUGCCUCCAUGGAGGAGAUUCAGGUGGAGCUUCAGUGUGCAGACCUCUGGAAGCGCUUCCAUGAAAUUGGCACGGAGAUGAUCAUCACAAAAGCGGGAAGGCGGAUGUUCCCUGCAAUGCGAGUAAAGAUUGUCGGUUUGGACCCACACCAGCAGUAUUACAUAGCAAUGGACAUCGUGCCUGUGGACAACAAGAGAUACAGGUAUGUGUACCACAGCUCUAAAUGGAUGGUGGCUGGAAACGCAGACUCCCCUGUGCCCCCGCGAGUCUACAUCCACCCGGACUCUCUGGCCUCUGGGGACACCUGGAUGAGACAGGUGGUCAGCUUCGACAAGCUUAAGCUCACCAACAAUGAGCUGGAUGACCAGGGUCAUGUGAGUGAGCCGAUAAUCCUCCACUCCAUGCAUAAGUACCAGCCUCGUGUCCAUGUGAUAAGGAAGGACUUCAGCAGUGACUUGUCCCCCACCAAGCCUGUUCCCAGUGGAGAGGGAGUGAAGACCUUCAGCUUCCCCGAGACAGUCUUCACCACGGUCACCGCCUACCAGAACCAACAGAUAACGAGACUAAAGAUAGACCGCAACCCCUUUGCCAAAGGAUUUCGGGAUUCGGGCCGAAACAGGACUGGUCUGGAGGCCAUCAUGGAGACUUACGCGUUCUGGAGACCACCUGUGAGGACCCUAACGUUUGAGGACUUCACCAACAUGCAGAAACAGCAAGGAGGAAGCACGGGCACCUCCCCUACCACAUCCAGCACAGGAACCCCCUCCCCUUCUGGUGCAGCCCACCUCCUGUCCCCCUCCUGCUCUCCGCCCACCUUCCACCUGGCUCCUAACACCUUCAACGUGGGCUGCAGAGAGAGUCAGCUGUGCGGCAUGGGCCUGUCUGAGUACCCAGCCUGCGCCCGCAGCAACAUGGCGGCCCUGCAGGGCUACGGAGGCCUGGCAGACAGCUCCUAUGGACGACUCCAGGCAGCAGGGGGCGCCGUGUCCUCCGCCCAGCAGUCUGAAUCCUUCCUGCCCCAAAGGACUUCCUCCCUGAUCGCCGCGGGCAUGCAGGGCGGCGGCCACGGCUGUCUGUCCGGAGGCGGCGGCGGCGGCGGCGGCGGCGGGAAGAUGGAUGCCUACGGAAGUCAGCUGACCUCGUUCUCGGCCUCCCAGCUGCAGUAUGUGAUGCAGGCGGGCGCUAGCUCCGCCUCCGGCCCCUCCUCCUCCUCCGCCUCCUCCACCUCAGGCUCCUCCCCCUCUUCCGCACACAUGUUCAGCGGGGGCCACCACCAUGUGCAGCAGGGCUCCUACAACGCUUUCUCCCUACACAACCCCUACAACCUGUAUGGAUACAACUUUCCCACCUCCCCUCGCCUAGCUGCUAGCCCCGAGAAGCCUCAGCCCGGCCUCCUGUGCUCCUCCUCCCCUGCGGGGGCAUUUGCCGAGCGCCAGUACCUGUCCAACGGUGGCAUGGACAGCAUGCACGUGAUCGGCAGUCCCUCAUCUGGCCAGCAGGGCGGUGGAGCCUGUGAUGGCCGUCAAUACGGCUCCUCCUCUCAGAUGUCUAUGCACAUGGUGUGAAACAGGGUUGUCACCGUCCUGCGAGUUCUGCAAUGUGACAGAUCUGUCGAGAUGUUGCUAUGGAUGUUGAGUUGUUUUACAUUUAGCGUUGUUUGUAAUACUGAGGUACAAAUUGAACCUUGAAAAAAAAAAAAAGAAAAAAAAAAAUUGAAAGGAAGACUUUUCAUUUAUUGUUGUGAUAAGUUGUUUUGAAUUUCACCCCACAGGCUUUAAACUAGGGAGCGAAACUGUUAUUUAAUUACCACAGUAGUGUUAUAAGGGCACAGCGAAAACAUUGACCUGACCCUCUCAGUGACUGUUCGGAACACUGUACCCCAACUUUGGGGACACACGGGGCGUUGGUUAAUGAGUGGCACCCCCCAUGUUCCUGUGGAGAGAGUCUCGGGAGUGGAUGGAUCUCCAGCGGUGCAACAGUAAUGAAAGCCUCUUCGUUUCCUUCGCCUUCGCACUAGCUGGACUCUAUCCAGCCUCAAACAUGAUCUGACAAGUGCUUCGUGUGAUCUGGGAAGUUCACUUCCACUGCUCCAGUUCUGACAGGAUAUUCGGACAACAUUAUGCCGUAACACAGUGGCAACACCGCGAAGGAACUGAGAGGGCUGUGGAUAAUUCAUUUCAAUAUGAUGCCUGAUUUAUAUAAAGGAUUUCCCCUUCUGACUCCUGGCCGCUCAGAGAGGAUGAUGGGAAGAUGAAGGACAAGGCACAGAGAGUAAAUAUAAUAAACUGCAGAACUUACUGGACGGGGGAAGUCAAUGACUUAAAGGUCAGAAGGCCAGAGGGACAAUAUAUGUGUCAAUGGCAGCCGGUUGCAGUCCCUGCAGUGGACAUGUUGUCCAGUGUGAUGCUAAACAAGCUGUACAGUGAAUUAUAGUGAAAUAACCACAACCUUAUCAACUCCUCUCCUCAGGCUGGAAUGGCUUCACUAUUUUUGAGUGGAUUACCUUUUUAGAAUCAUAUAUAUAAGAUGGCGGAACGCUUGCAAAAAACCAUGAGCGUUAAAGUUGUUGUGUGGAAUGUUAAGAAGAGACAGUAAGAAAACAGAGUUUUUAAAGUAUGUUUUGGUGUGUUGUAGAUAAGUGUAUUUAAGUGCCAAGCAACAAUACAAUUUUAUGGGCCAAUCAAUCUCGAAUAUGAAUGUGUGGAAAAAAGGGAAAUAGCAAAAUUAUUAUUUUGAAAGGCCUUUAAAAAUAAACUGUAGAUACAGGUGCCAAGCACACAGAAGUUCAAUAAACAUUUUAAUUCAUUUCAA